ACAAUAGAAUUAUGAUAAUGAAUUUGUAGAACAGAAAUUGUUUUAUAUAAUUCUUGUUUAAUAUUAAAGUACAACGGUCAACCGUCCAACAGCCGGCCUUCAGUUCCUUUUUGUUUUCUUUUGAUUCAAUGGUGGCUUUGUAGUUUGUACAUGUCGCUACUCGCUUUCGAUUCCUCCGAUUCUCCAUAUACAUCUCUUCACUGAAUCAGCCAUAGUCUCACUAUAGAAUCUUCCCCGACAUUUUCGCAUUCGAAGAGCAUCCAUGGCUUCCGCAGACGUGCAAGAAAUUCCACCUCCGUCCUUGGAUGCCACCGCCGAACAACCUCCCUUGUUUGAUGGAACUACCAGGUUGUAUACUGCUUACAUUUGCCCUUAUGCACACCGUGCUUGGAUCAUCCGAAAUUACAAGGGACUACAACAUAAAAUUAAGCUAGUUCCUCUCGAUCUUCGUAAUAGACCUGACUGGUAUAAGGAAAAAGUAUACCCUACGAACAAGGUUCCAUCUCUGGAACAUAAUGGAAAGGUUAUUGGAGAAAGUCUUGAUCUGCUCAAAUAUAUCGAUAGCAACUUUGAAGGACCUUCUCUUCUCCCAGAUGAUCCUGGUAAAAGAGAAUUUGCUGAAGAGUUGCUUUCCUACAGCGAAACAUUUAACGGCGCUAUAAUCCAUUCGUUCAAAGGCGACACCGCAAAGGAAGCAGGUGCUCAAUUUGAUUACUUGGAAAACGCUUUGGGACAAUUUGAUGGCCCGUUCCUCGUCGGAGAAAUCAGUCAGGUGGAUAUAGCAUACAUUCCAUUUGUUGAAAGGUUCCACAUUUUCUUAUUAGAGGCUCUCAAUAUUGACAUCACGGAAGGAAGGCCCAAAUUAGUUGCAUGGAUUGAGGAGUUCAAUAAGAUGGAUGCGUACAAGCAAACAAAAGUCGAUCCCAAGCUGGUCGUUGACAUUUAUACAAUGGUAUUCUUGAGUAAAAAGAAGAAAUGACGAAGAGGUCAUGUAUUGCCUCGUGACAAAGAAGUAGUGCAAGAUAUCGAUGAGAACUUCUUGGGUUUGUACUUCUCAUCUCCUUUCUCUAUAUUUUAGGAUUCUAAAUAUGACUAGUUUGUGGUCAAAACGAACCUAAGUCAAUUGCCAUGGUGUUUGUAUUAUUAAUUUCGAAGUCAUAGUUCGAUUUUCCUAUCUAACAUAUUCUAAAAAGUUAAUUCAAACACAUCAUAAAUUUAUGUCUUAUAAAUAAAAUUUGAGGAA